AACUUUGAUCCCGAUUCACGUUCAGUCAAGGUUGGUCGCUCGUCGCGAGCGUUUGCCUGAGUAAAAGUGCGCGUAGCUUGUCCCGACCGCUAGUGGAAUUAAGGUGGACUUCGGUUGUGGAGUUGUGGAAUGUGUACUAUGAAGCAGUGAAAAGUGUGAAGAUUUUUUUUUAAGAAAGUGAAGUGCUGUUUUGAUAGCAGUGAUGAAUGAAGAAAAAUUUCCUUCGCGGGAGGUUGACCAGCUGGCACGGAAUGAAGUCUGGAAUGUUCGGUUUUAGUUGAACCAGAAGACCCCGGGACAAGCUACGCGUACUAUUACUGGCCCAUCCUUGUCAAGCUUGACAUCCGGAUGGUCAGUUGGAGCCGAUUGCGGUGACGCCGUUUUGUUGGGAAACGUCGGCCCAAGCCGGGCGAGGGAUUCCCGUUCCAAUCUUGGAAUUUACCCUCCCCCCCACGUUCUCCAUUGCAUUGAGAAAGGUGCGUCAUCUGCGUGUCGUUGGUGUGCGAAAGCACUAACACCGCGGGAGGACAAAGACAACAAACAUUGUUUGACUGUGUCGUCGGUUUGAAUUUGUUGGGUGGACUUGGGCUGGCCAGAAACGUCGAGAAUGAACGGAAAGUUGAACGAAAUCAUCGUGCUGAACGAGGGCUACUCGUACACUGAAGACGGUGACGACUCGGUGAUGAUUGCGAACUGCACCUGCACCUUGAUCAAGAGUCACGAUUGCAACAUCAUAGUGGACACUAUGACCCCUUGGGAUGGCGAUCUACUUUUGCAAAGAUUGCAGGAAAGCCGCCUGACUCCCGAUGACAUCACUUGGGUGGUGAGCACACAUGGACACUCCGACCAUCUGGGGAACAAUAAUCUGUUCCUAAAGGCCAAACAUAUCGUAGGAACUAAUGUAUCCCAGCGGAAUCGCUACUUCGUCCAUGACUUUGGCAACGCUCCCUAUCGCCUAACGGACACCGUCGAGAUCAUCGGGACGCCCGGUCACACGUUGUCCUGCGUCUCGCUGCUGGUCAGGGCUAGCAAUCUGGCCCCAACCGGACUGGUGGCCAUCGUGGGGGACCUGUUCGAGCGGCACCAGGACAUCGCCGACGAACGACUCUGGCUGGAUGCCGGCAGUGAGGAUCCCGCGGCACAGCGUCGCAAUCGCGCGAAACUAGCGACGCUGGCCGACGUCAUAAUACCCGGGCACGGGGCACCGUUUCCGGUCGAUCGGCAGCUGAGAGACACCCUGAACAGGCAGGCCACCGUCGAACGAAGUGGAAGUGGAAUGAUUGAUUGAUUCGAGGAUUGUUUUGCUGGCCAGUUCACAGAAGAAAAAAAAAGAACAGGAAUGCGGUACCGAUUGGACGGCCGGUCGUUUAACAUUCGAAGCAAAACAAAAAAAAAUAUCACUUAUUGCUGAAUAUUGAUUACACUUUAGAUUAGUUAUCGGAUUAUGUUGGUUUAUUGAAAAUACAGUUAGAAACGAUUACCACGAUAAAUCAUUGAUACUUAGUGCGUUUUUAUGAUUGCAUUAUUUCAAACUUGAAGAAUGGAAACAAAAAUGGUUGAUGGUUAGGAGCGAGUUAGUUAUUAAACAAGGAAUUUUCAAAGAUUGAAAUGGACUGAUUUCAGAAAGUUGGGAAGGUGUGGUAAAACGGCAGAAACGGAAUCAGCUUCAACUAUAAGUUACAUAUGUAGGCUUUUUUUUCACAGUUUGUAUUUGCUAGAAAAUAACCUUGCUGGAUCAUUAAUCCUAUAAACAUAUAAUGAACAACAAUAUAUUAAACGUGCACGAUAUUAAAAUGCAAUUUAUGAUCAUACAUGUAUAUUAGUGGACUUAGAGUUUCAAGUUUCUUAACAAUUAUGUAUUUGUGACAUGGUAACAAACAAACAAAACAAAAAAAAAACACACACACGUAUUGUAUCACUGAUUAUUAAAACACAAACCUAAAAACAAGAAAAAGGAAUAGUAGUUUUAAAUGUUCAAUCUUUGUUCGGAGGCAACAAAUAGUUCUACAUUCGCAGUUGAACAGUACCAAUUUCGAGAAAAAAAAGGUUGUGCUGAAAAAAAAGACACUAUUAGCGAACAAAGGUUAUUUGGUGCCAAUCGGCUCUCUAGGAGCUCGGUUGGGCCACGCUUUAAAAAAAAUGCCAAUGAACACAAACAAAAAAAAACAUAAACAUGCAAAAAAUAUGCAAGCAAAUAAUUACUUAUGAUUGUUUAUUCGUUUAGAGAAAAACAAAAUACUAACUAGAAUCAGAGCAUACAAUACAGCGUUUCGAUGUGCGCCUCCCGCAAAGAACAUCUGGUUGCCUGGGGCGCUCGAAACGUAACCAUACUUAUUUGGAUCUAAUUCGAUUUAAAACCAGAGAAUAAUUGAAAAACAAAAAUGAUGAAAAUGAAAGCAACAUCUGGAUAUGCAGCAGAAAGCUAAUGUCACUUAUAUAAAAAAAAACGAAACAAAAUGCAAACACUGUUAAAAUGAAACACGUGUUUUGCAAACAUCGUAAACUUAUUGAAACUAGAAAUGGUCAUCCAAUCGAAGCAUUAUAACCUACCCAUCUCUAACAUUCAUUGUUGAAAAAAAAAAAUACAUAACGGAAAAAGAAAAAAAUCAUCUAAUGUAGCUUUAAGGAUAACCUCAUGCAAAACUGAUCGACGUUGGCAAUACGUGGAUGGAUGAGAAUCCGACACAUUCUGUCUGGAAGAAACUAGAAUUAGUGUAUGAGGUACUAUAAAAAAAAAUGGAAACUGUAAAAGAUACAAUUAAAGCAUGCAUCUGUAUCUUUUACACUUGAUGUUGAAUAAGUGAACAAUAAAUGCAAGAAUACUGUAGAUCUAAGAUGUUACUUUAAGAAAGCAGCAGCAUGAAUAUUAAAGAUAAUAAUCAAGUUCAUAUGUUAAAAAAUAUGAACUCUAUGCAAUUGCAUACAAGACAUGUCUUGUUGAUAUAAGUGAACAAAAAAAUGUUAUUGAUUGAAAAUUUAAGCAAACAUAUAACUAAUCAAGUUAAACUAUUGAUAUGCUUUAAAUAAGGUAAGCAGCAGCAUGAUUUCACUAUAAACUAUCUGUAUGAAUACUAGAUUAAGGACUUACAAUUAUGCAAUGCGAUAUAUUAUCCAACAUGAUGAAUGAUAUGGUAACCACAACAUGAAAAAAAGAAAUAAUAAAUCCGAUAACAAACCAAAGUGAUCUGCAACGACAGCCACAUUAAUAAAAGCAAGGAAACCAAAAGCGAAAACAAAAUUUAAAAAAAAGGAAACCAAAAAAACAAAGGCGAACUUACGCAAUAUGGAAGAAGAAAACAAACACAAAAUAAAUCAUAUGCACCAUAAAAAAAAAUCUACUGGUCCUAGGGAAGAAG